AUGUCCCGGCGGUCUGGUGAACAUGUGCGAGAGAUGGAGAGUGAAGAUGCACCUAGGGAAAAACGCAAGCGCCUCGAGACGAACGAGGCAGCUGAGGAUUCUUCCUCUGCAGUCGCUGCUGCUGGAGAUGCUGCGGUGCCUAACAACGGCUCCGUCGCGACAAGCCGUCCUUUCACUGAUUUCGGCAUCUCCGACGGCACAGUUAAGGCGUUGCGCAGCCAAGGCAUUGAGACGCUCUUCCCGGUGCAGGCCCUUACGUACGAGGCAAUCAUGAAGGGUACUGAUGUGCUUGUGCAGGCGCGAACUGGCAGCGGCAAGACGCUCGCCUUCAGCAUUCCCAUCGUGGAAAAACUCGCACAGUUGGACGACACCUCGAAGCGCGGCCGCGGGCCUGCCGCGGUCAUCUUCUGUCCCACACGAGAACUCGCCAUUCAGGUGCGGGACGUCGUUGCCGGCAUCAGUGGUGGACUCGUUGUGGCGGCGCUCUACGGCGGCGUUGCGUACAACACACAGGAGCGUGUUCUUUUCAAUGGUGUUGACGUUGUCGUGGCCACCCCGGGUCGCGCAAAGGACUUCCUGGAGAAGGGUACACUGCGCUUUGACCGGGUGAAAAUGGUGUGCCUCGACGAGGCUGAUCACAUGCUGGACAUCGGCUUCAAGGACGAUAUUGAACAGCUACUGCAGAAGGUGGCGGAGCAGAAUGGUUCCGAGGCCGGGAAGCCAAGCCACCAGACGCUUCUCUUCUCCGCGACGGUGCCAGAUUGGGUACACACAUGCUCCUUCAUCUCCAAGAAGAAGGAGUUCAUCGACAUGGUUGGCCAUGGCACGAUGCGUACCGCCAACACCAUCAAGUUCUACCGUCGCAAGUGCAGCUUUAACGAAGUCUCCAGCAUGCUGGCGGACUUGGUGAAAGUGUACAGCGGUCGCCAUGGUCGAACCCUCGUUUUUACCAAUACUAAAAAAGACUGCCAUGACUUGUCCAUCAAUAACACGAAGCUGGACUCUCAGUGCCUGCAUGGCGACAUGCAGCAGGAGCAACGUGAAAGCACAAUGAAGAGCUUCCGCGACAACAAGUUCAGCGUUCUCAUCGCGACAGACGUUGCCGCGCGCGGGCUUGAUCUGCCGAUGGUGGACCUCGUUAUUCAGUGCGCGCCCCCUGCCGAUAUCGAUGCCUUCAUCCACCGCGCCGGUAGGACUGGCCGUGCCGGCCGCAAGGGCGUCUGCGUGCUGCUGCACCAGCCGAAAGAUGAGUACGUCGUGGAGCGCAUCGAGCGCCACGCGAAGAUCAAGUUUGAGGUACUCCCCGCGCCAACACGCGACGAGAUUCUCAAGGCGGUGGCGCGAGACACCGCGGAGGAUUUGGCGCGCGUGGAACGCAGCGCCACUGAUCUCUUCAUGGACCAGGCGGCUGAGCUGCUGAAGGACGCGGACCCGACGGAGAUUCUUGCCUCUGCCCUCGCCGUCAUGAGCGGCUACACCACGAAUAUCACAAAGCGCGGCCUCAUCACUGGCGCAAAGGGCUCCGCGACGAUACAAAUGUUGGCACAGCGUACGCUCCCCAUUCCUGUUUUCUGCAGCAUUCUGCGUAACAACCUUGGUGAUAACCUUUUCACGCGGUGCCGCGACAUCACGCUGCUGCAGGACACCCCGGGCUGUGUGUUUGACGUGACGGAGGAGGCGGUGGAGCAGAUCCUCGCAACGCCCGUCCGCGGGAUGGAGCUGAGCGUCAUUGAGUCGCUGCCACCCAUCAUUGCACGGGAACUGAACAGCGGCAAUCGCGGCGGCCGCGGAGGUGCGCGUGGCGGUUACGGCGGUGCGCGUGGCGGUUACGGCGGUGCUCGUAGCGGUUACGGCGGUGCUCGUAGCGGUUACGGCGGCAAUGGUGGCGGUGGCCACUACAGCAAUGGCCGUGGUGGUGGCGGCCGCAGCACUCACAGGAAUUACUGA